AUGUCCAGUGGCGUUCGCAUUCCUUUUCGUAUAGAGCGGAUUCCCAAGGGAUACAGUAGCCGCUCUAUUCGUGCCACGAUGAGAACAGUGGAUGAACUUGCAGGCUAUGAUAACCUCAAUGAUAGUAGAUAUGUUGGCGAAGUCUUAGUGUCAGGUAGACCUUUCGAAAUGAUCUUGGAUACAGGGAGCCAUGAGUUCUGGCUGAAGACCGAUACAACAUUGUCAAAUUACACAAAUACAUCUAUUACAGUGAUGAUCGACUACGGUGGUGGCACGGGUCUUGGAUCGGCCGUUUCAGGUUUCGUCUUACUGGCUGAGACACAGUUCGCUAAUUUUACAAUCAAGGAACAACCGUUCAUCAAUGUGCUCGAACCAGCAAGCGGUUUUAUCGUGCCUGGAAUCAACGGACUUAUGGGUAUUGCUCCGUUAGUAUACAUCUUUCCAUGUUAUUACUGGCUCACGGUUCUUUUUGGUAUUACCACCAGCCCGAAUAAUGACACCGCGAUCAAUAAUGCCUUCAAGCAAGCCAAUUACACCGCUUCAAAUGGAGGGAACCCCGUAGAGAACAUAUUCGCACAGAACCCCAACUUGACACCCCAAUUUACGAUGCUAAUGACCCGCAACGAUGGAGAAGUUCGCUCAUCAGGUGGCGUAUUUACAAUGGGGGACCCAAUCUCGGAAUACGCCGGUAUCACCAGCCAGCCCGUGUUGCCUAUCGUGAACACAACGCUAGGUCGGUAUUACUGGACGGUCUAUCUUGACGGGAUCAAAGUCAAUGGCAAUUGGCCAAACGGAACUGUGUUCACGGCAGUACUCGACUCCGGAACGCCAACGACCUCUAUUAGUCCUGAGCUAGUCGAGUUCAUAUACGGAGCGGACGCUGAGAUUACGUCGGAUGGACUGGCGGCUCUUGUAUCAUGCGAAACUAUGCUCAAUGUUAGCUUCGUAAUUGGUGGGGUCGAAUAUCCCGUCAAUCCGCUUGACUCUGUUAUCCCAACCGGACAUUACUACAAUAAUACCGUUGCGUGCACCGGCGCGUUCCAGCGCGCGCAAGGUCCACCUUGGGACGGGAAUAUGCUUCUCCUCGGUGACACAUUCCUCCGGAAUGUAUACGCCCUGUACAACCUGAAUCUGCGACAAUCUGACGGGAAUACUACUCUGCCGUUUGUACAGCUCCUCAGCGUGACAGACGCAAACCUGGCAGCAUGCCAAUUCCCUGAGCAGAAUCUCGCACGGCUCGAGAGCUUCGCCCAAGCCUAUGGUUACACCGUGCCGUUGCCCCCCGACCCCCUGGCCCCCAUUCUCCGCAAUUCGGCCAUCAUCAUUGUCAUGUCGAUCGUCGCGCUCAUUCUUGCUUUUAUUGCCGCCUUCUAUGCUGUCAGGAACGCCCGGAUGCAGUCGUCUAGGCGUGAUUACGUUGUACUCAGCGAGGAACAGAAGGGAGGCCGAUAA